AUGGCUUAUAACAGUGAUUUUUAGGAGCAGGGACAGUAUGAUUAGGAGGAGUUUGCAAUGAGGAUGCCGGUGAAGAGUCACUUGCAGAGAUUGGAUGUAAAUGGGUUUAUUAAUCGUUAAAUGGAUGAGUUGGAUUUGGCAAAGAAGGAGAAGGAGUAAUUGCGUAAUAAUUUGAUUGAGUUAUCGCAAAUAACAUCAGAUUCAUUUGAUGAUUCGAAUAAAUAUUUGAAUGAGGAGUACCGGAGAUUGAUGCAGGAGUUUCACGAGUAGAAUGCGUUGCAAUUGGAAUAGCAUUAAUUCUUAAAGCAAUAAGUGGAUCAGAUCAAUUAGGAUAGAAUAAAAUUGGAAUAAAAUACUAUUGUACUAGAGAAUAGAAUUCAAGAUUCAGAAAAAGAAUUGGGAUUUGUUUGA